GUGUGUGUGUGUGUGUAGCGGGGAGGAUGGGUGUAUGGCCCAGAUUUUCUGGCCGUCUGGUUUUGAAGUGGCAUUUUACAUUAAAGAGAUACAGAGAUCAUUGGAGAGGUCGUCAGAAAAUGAGACUCUGGCCCCACCUCUAGAAAACUACCUUUUUGUUCUCUAACCUGGGUUACUUUUCUUCUCUCAGCUUCAGUUUUGUCUCUAAGGAGUUUGAACUAAGAGACUUUUAAGGUUUGUGAGUCCAUUAAAUUCAGAUGCUGAACAUUUGAACCAGCUGCUGAGGUUUCUGAAGAUGAUUCCUCUGAGGACUGCCCAGGAUUUCUUUUGUACAUAAGGAAACAAAAAACCAAAAAGCUGAUGUAUAGAGGUAUUGGUGGUGGGUGUUACAAUGUGAAGCAGAGCCCCCCCGCCGAAAAAAUGACAGAAGGUGUAUCAGAAAAGUAUUCUAAUCAGUAAAAUAUAAAAUAUAGAUGAGUCAGUGCCUGCAUGAACUUUAGCUUCUGUGAUUUUUCAUCUAAGGGCUUGGUAGUCUAACUUUGAGGACACUUAGGAUCUGUUUCUGUGUUACAUUAAUUCACACUUUGUGGAGAGGAGUUGGGUGGUUAUGCUGCUGGAGGCUUGGAAUUUGUGACAAGUUGAGGCCCUCGGGCCAAACUGAGUGGCCUUAGCCCAAUCAAUGCACAGGAAAUACCGGACCCCAAGGACUGUGUGCUGUGCUUGACCACAGAGAGGAGUCUGAGGCCUGUGCUGACCCAUGUUGACCCUGUACAUUGAUUUUUUUUGCUCCCUUUUUUGUUGUUGUUUUGUGCAGAUUGAAGCCAGUGUCUUGCACCAGCCAGGCAAUCUUCUUCCUCUUUUUUUCAACCAGGCUUCCCUUUCCAGGUAAAAAACAGUAACCACAAGGCAGAAACCGUAUUAUUUUAGCCUCUCUGUCUGGAGAGUGAUGAGCAUUUAGCGGCGGUAAUGUUUUGGCGUUCCCUGUCUGGAAUGAUUGUUCACAUCAGGCAGCAGUCUGCCUCUGGGGAGGCUGGCCUCUUGGGUUGGGUGUCCUGCAUCUGGGACGGGAAAACCAGUGAAGGGCAAGAAAGGUCAGCUGCUCCCUUUGGAUGUGGACACAUUUUGUAUAAGGUCAUUGCACCUUGCUCAAUAGAGCCAUUCCCAGAAAAUGCAGUAAGGUGGCUUUCUUUGCCCUUUUGGAUUCUUUCUGACCUUAUUCAGCCCACAGUAAGGACACCAGAUCCUGAGGGCUGUGUCCCCUAAGAGGCUAACUGACCCUUCACUUGGUUGGUGCUGAAGACAGACAAAUGAUUAACCCUCUGGAAUCUCUGUUUAGACCCUAGUUAUGGUCAUGAGUUCAGCCUUUUGAACUGUGGGCUGAAAUUGUUUUUCCAGCCUUCCACCCAAUCGGGUGUCCCUGCCUGCCUGGACUGUGGUAUGGAAACUCUCCCUUGGGAGAGAGUAAUGGGCAGGAGGCGUGGGAAAUGGUGGGAGGAAGCUUCCAACUGCUGCCGGCCAGACCAGCAUCCCACUGAGGAGAUGGAACAAGAAGAAAAUCAGGGUGCCUGUGAACACCAGGACUCAGAAGACAGAGAGAUGGGCUCUGAUUUUGAGAACACCGAGGACAGGGAAGGGGACCCAGAGGAAAGAGGAAUGGAUUCUAAUUCACAGGAUGUGGGAGAGAAGGGCCACCUGGUGCAGGAGACGGACUCCAGCCCUCAGGAUGAAGCUCUGAGAAGGGACAUGAAGGGGAGGGACAUAGCACCCAGCGUCUGCACAGAGGAGCUGCUGAGUUUGGAAGAAAGGGCUGCUCCCCCCGAGGAAGAGGACGACCAGGCAGGUGUGGCUGACAUGGCUAUGUUUCCAGGCCUGUCUGAGUCGGACAGCUUGGCCCGGAGCCCGGAAGAGGAGGGAGAGGACAGCGCUGGGGAGAACCGGCUGGAGGAACAGCCGCCCCCUCCUGUACUUCCCUGGAGGCGCCACCUCUCCCUGGGGAGUCGGCACCGGGGCGACAAGCCCUCCCACCGCCGCUUCCACCGGCUGCACCACCCCCUGGCCGUGGACCUCGGGGAGCUUGACAGCCUGGUGGCCAGCAUCAUGGACGCGCCCACCAUCUGCCCGGACUGCGGAGAGAGCUUCAGCCCAGGCACAGCCUUCCUGCAGCACCAGCGCAUGCAUCGCCUGGCAGAGGCCGCCGCGGUGGCCAGCCUGGAGCCCUUCGGCCUGGCGGGCGAGUGCGGGGCGGUGGUGGGCAUGAUGGGGGUGAGUGUGGCGGGGGGCUUCGGAGCGGGGCCCACGCUGCCCCGACCCCCGCGCGAGAAGCCUUUCCGCUGCGGGGAGUGCGGCAAGGGCUUCAGCCGCAACACCUACCUGACAAACCACCUGCGCCUGCACACGGGCGAGCGGCCCAACCUGUGCACGGACUGCGGCAAGAGUUUCAGCUGGCGCGCAGACCUGCUCAAGCACCGGCGCCUGCACACGGGCGAGAAGCCCUACCCGUGCCCCGAGUGCGGCGAGGCCUUCAGCCUCAGCUCACACCUGCUCAGCCACCGGCGCGCACACGCGGCGGCCAGCGGGGCGGGCACGGAGGCGCUGCGGCCCUUCUCCUGCGGGGAGUGCGGCAAGGGCUUCGUGCGCAGGUCCCACCUAGCCAACCACCAGCGCAUCCACACGGGCGAGAAGCCACACGGCUGUGGCGAGUGCGGGAAGCGCUUCAGCUGGCGCUCAGACCUGGUGAAGCACCAGCGCGUGCACACGGGAGAGAAGCCCUACAUGUGCUCCGAGUGCGGCGAGACCUUCAGCGUGAGCUCGCACCUCUUCACGCACAAGCGCACGCACUCGGGCGAGCGGCCCUACGUGUGCCGCGAAUGCGGCAAGGGCUUCGGGCGCAACUCGCACCUGGUGAACCACCUGCGGGUGCACACAGGCGAGAAGCCCUUCCGCUGUGGCCAGUGCGAAAAGCGCUUCAGCGACUUCUCCACGCUCACUCAGCACCAGCGCACACACACGGGCGAGAAGCCCUACACGUGCAUCGAGUGUGGCAAGAGCUUCAUCCAGAGUUCGCACCUGAUCCGCCACCGCCGCAUCCACACGGGCAACAAGCCGCACAAGUGCGCCGGCUGUGGCAAAGGCUUCCGCUACAAGACGCACCUCGCGCAGCACCAGAAGCUGCACCUGUGCUAGGGGGUGGAGCGAGUGAGUGGGGAGAGGGUGUCCCGGGAACAGACCCUGUGGAAGGACGUGGGGGGGGAGGGGCGGGAGGGACAAUCUGAGAGCCACUGAAGGGCCUUGUGGUGUCCUGGGGUCCGGAAGGGAAGGGUUGAGGAGGUGUUAUUUCGGGGUGCUAUAUUUUGCGUACCUCCUCUCCAUCAAAGAAACUUGGGAGGUGUGCUUGAGUGGAUGAGGGAAGAGCGUGUUUUGAGUCGUGGCUCUGAGGACCUUCAGGAAGAUUUGCAGUGGGAAACAAGAUGACAGGCACAGAGUACGUUGGGCUUCGAUGGUCUGUGGGAAUCGGAAGAAGCCAUGGCUGGAAUGAGAGUCAUGGUGUAACCUAAAAUGCGGGUAUAAAUCUACCGGUCCCACUAGGUGGUAAGCAGUGUUUGCCCUGAUGCCCGCCACCCCACCCUAUCAGCUAUAGUCGACCCUGUAGGAGAGGAUAUGGGCUGUACUCUUCCUUUCCUUUCUCUGAGCCACAGUUAGCUGCUAUUUUGAGGCCUCAAGGGGAAACUGGUCAUGAAAGACGACACUUUCAUUUUAAGGGGCAGCCUCUGGGCUGUAGAAAUUAAUUUAUAACUGGUUCUCAGAUCUUUUGGAAAAUUCUGCUCCUGGUUCUUUGCCACUUCCUUGAAAAGCACUCUGGCUUCAUGGUGAGUCCAGGUUGUUCAUGAGGAUGACCUAUCUCUGGGUCUCUGUCACAGGCAUACACCAGGCCCAGUACUUUUUUUUUAAGGUCUCACUUGUGAUUUUUCAGGUACAGGGAAAUGGACCCGUCUCAGCUUUGUGUGACUUUCCCUUCUCAGGUCGGCUUUCAAGUGAACAUCAGACUAUCAACAGCUCCCCCGGCCACCUACAAAAAUGAAUUUAGCUCAGUUUUGCUGGCCUUCUGUGAGAAAUCCAGGGGAGUAAAGUUUGUAUGUUGAAAUGCAAGGCUCCUUUGUCUCAUUUGCCUUCACUUUGCAGGCGUGUGCCCUGUCCCCCACUAAGCCCCACCUCCAUCCUUACUAAUGAGGGGUCUAGUCCAAGCAGCAAUUUCUGUUUCUGAUGUGUGGAAGCACUGUAGAAAUCUCAAGGCUUUACACAGAGGGGGCACAGUCUGAGAGAGGUGUAAAUGCAACAUUGCCAAAUAGCACAAGCGAUGAAUGUUUUCUAGUUGUUAUAUAGAUGCCAAAAUAGCACUUUUGGAUUUGCAAAGUGCUUUAUGCUUUUUAAUGAUUGUUAGUUGUUUCUCACAUCUUCGUGAGGUGAAUCAGUAUUAUGACCUCUUUUAGGGAAGGCCUGGGGACAGGAACGUGGCAGGUUGUCCUGAAGGAAGGCAGAGGAUAGCAUGAAUUGGUGUUGCCUGACCUUUCGUGUUCUCUGGGUCAGCUGCUAGGAAAACUUAACUUGUCAUGACUAUAUGAUAAGGACACUGAACAGUUUUAUUCCUGAUGGAAAGCUCAAAUCUAGCCUAGAAGGGCCAAAGACGUCCUUAUUGACAAAGCUGGUCUUUGUCACCUAUGUAGGGUGUCCUAGCUCUGUUCCAUUUCUAGUAGGGGGCUGUAGUUAAAUAACUGGUGUAGAUUUCAGUCCCCUAUGCUGAAAAUUCCCUCCCCUAGGUUAGCCUUAGAAGUUAGAGUUGUGGAAAGGAGUGUUUUCUUCACUAAUAUUUGUUACCCUCUACUAUUCAUAGAAGCAUUUUCACAAACUGUUGGACACAGUUGAAAGAGGAAAAAGCUACAAAAUUGUUUUUACAGUUUUAGCAAAGUUUCUGUGAAUGCUAGUAAUUUAUACUUGAUCAGUUGUAUUCUAGCAAAGAACCUCUUUGGGGACUGUAGGAAAGCAUGUUUUUGUCAUAACAAAAUAUCCUGAAAAUUUUGGGUUGUAUAUUGCCUAUUUUCCUUGCCCUCUUAAUCAUUUUGUUAUUAUUGACAAAUGAAAAUGGAUGUUCAUACUAGGCAUAGUUUUGAAAGACACUAAUUCAUUUUUAUUUUAGUCAAGACUACACAAGCAAAGUACCUAUCUUAUUUAUUCUGACUUUUGUAGUCUGAAUAUCAAGUGUAUACGAUCUGUCUAAAAAUAAUACAGUAUAAUUUGUAGGUAAUCCUUGUGGUGUUUUUUUUUUUUUAAGCACAUCUACCUCUUCCAGCUGUUUUAAGUUCUCUCAAGUCUGUGCCUAUAAAAAUCUCAUCCAGCGUUUGAUUGUUUAUGAAUGGAUUAUUGACUUUAUGGGUUUUUUGGUCUUUUGCUGCCAUCAUUACAUAGUCCUGUCAGCAUCAAAUGUGUUACCUAUUAGCAAAAUUGGAUUUCAGUAGCGAGUGGGGAUCAAAGCUAACGUGAAACAAUGGCAAAAUCUUUGGACUUUGCCCCUCUUGUCCUUUUUAUUACUGUGGAGGAUAAGAGUCAGCUAUGGCAUUAGAAUCCCUUCUGUGAGCAAACUCCUCAGCAGUAGCAAACUGUUUAGCCAUUGGCACCUGAUCUCAUGGUGUUUUUAAAAUGUGAUUCCAUAUUUCUUAUGUUUCUCCAGGGUAUACACCCAUAUUAAGUGAAGCUAAAUGCAUUCAGGAGGUUGUUGUUUUUAAUUUUAGAGUAAUACUAUUUCUUCAGCAAACCCUGUUAAGUGUGGUUCACCCUUGGAAAUGUUUAAAGAUUCUUUGCUCCAAAUCAUUAGUGAUGGUGGCAGUAAGUGUAUUAAUUUGUUUCCUGGGGAAUUUGGCCAAGACCUCUGCUAAGCAAAACCUGAAGCAGUUAAAGUUUAAGUGGUUGUGAUUAAAUCUUGAGUUCUGGGUUGGAGGGAGAUGAACAGUUAACCCCUUGAGCCAUAUGUUCUCUUUGCAGUCAAGAGGCUGUACAUAUGUGAAAAGGUACAAAUUAAGGAUUUGUUCAUAGACAAUCUGAACUGUUUCUGAAGUUUGUGCACACUGUCAUUCACUGUAAUGUUACUUUACAUGUUUGUUAAAAUAGUGAAUAAUUUAAUGCUCCUGAGAGUAACAGGUUUUGUGUGAGUGCGAUUGUAAAUGUGAGAAUUGCCUUGUUUUCAGGUUGUUUUAUUUAAUAAUGGUUCUUUGGACAGUAUUCUGGUGCACAGCAACAAAUAUGGAAUAUUUGUCAUUAAAUCCGUACCAGUCUUUUACUGUUCUACUUCCUUAUUUGUUACUCAUACAUUCAAAGUCACACAGUUUGAUCUAACAGAAGCUGUGUUAUGGUAAAAGAGGGGUUGGUGAACUACCAGAUCUGGCCUGACUCUUUUUGUAAAUAAAAUUUUAUUGGAAUACAGUUUCA